UUACAUUCGCGUCUGUAAUGUCCACCAAAUGGCAUCUACCUUUUUACAAAUUUAUGGUCAUUUUAUAAAAUCACUCGUUACUAUCAAAGAAUGUUUACUAAAGAUAGUGAAAAUCAUUGUUGGUAAAGCUCAGUUUCUUGUAUUAUCAAGCGGACGUGCAGAUUCCAAUUCCCAAGUACAAGAAAGUUUUGCAGGGAGUAUGUUGUUGAGUCUAGUUCCCUUUCUCAUGGUGACACGUUCAAGGAUGUGUGAUUCACAUUCUUGAAGUAACAUCAAUUCUGUUGAUCACUGAUAAUCUCUUCUUCUUCAACCAUUGUCCCCUUAAAACAGUUGUAAACCCUUUUGGUUUCCGUUUGUUAAUGAAUGUUUUUUUCCUGUGUGUGGAAACAUGCAGUAUUUUGACUGGACCAACCAAGAGAAGAGCUUAGAUCAGGCCAGGGUUGAGCUCAUGUCAGAAGUUCGUAAGCUCUUUCAGAGGUUUUUACUAAAAAGCCUUAUACAAAAUGGAGAGUUAAGCAAAGAGACCUUAAAAGUCUUUAUUUUUUUGGUUCCUUCUCUUCAUAUUUUUGAAGCAACGAUUGUUUCAUUUGGGGUUUCUUACAUCAUAAAGCAUUACUUAAAUUUGGUAGAGAAAACUGAUACAAACAAAGAUCGCAAGUACAAAUAUCUGAAAUAAAAGAAUUUAAGUCUAUAAUUUUAGAACUUCGGGAGAAUAAAAUGCGACAUCUUGAGGAUUUCUAUGGAGACGCUAAAUUAGAAGAAAAUUCACUUAGAAGAAGGGAUCAAGAGAUUGAGAUGGAACUACUCGGUAGAAGCUCUUAUUCUUUUUUUUUUUUGUAUAAUUGGGUCGAAACCCAAGUAAUCCUUAAGGGGAAGGGGAUAUAUAGUACCAAUCACUAGACUGACAACCUAAAGCAUGGUCUAUCUUUGUCUAGUCAAGCAAUACAACUUAGUAGAACCAAACCCAGAAUCGAUAUUUAGAAGCUUUUAUUCUUGUGAUCGUUGGCCUUGCAAUUGGCUAUCGACUUAUCCCUUUUGGAUCUAUGUAUUGGCCUUUGCUAUUGGAUCUAUAUGUAUCGGCCUUUGCUAAGUUUACAUCUUUAGGGUGAGAUUUAAUGUAACAUUUUGGUCCGGGGUAUAUAGUGAAAAAUUUAAUAGAAUUUGAUUUGGCUAUCAAGGUAUACUUACUUUUUAAGUCGUACAUCCAGAAAAAAUUUUAGAGUUAUGUUUUAGAAAGUGAUUCGCAAUAUCGUAUGAGUGAAACAAAUCACAGGAAAAAAUUAUGCGAUGAUUGAAGAUAAACAAGAUUUUUGAACUUCCAAAAAAUAAUUCAUAGGACGUUACACUUACGUUAUGAUCCUCCAAAGGAUUCUAUUUACCAGUAUAAACCAGAACCAAGACUGAACUAAAUCUUCAAAACUAAACUCUAGAAAAUGUAUAAUCUCAAUUUUUGAUUUGACCCAAACUCUUUUUUAAUAACUAUUUUUUUUCUUAGAUCUGCUUAGGUUUGUUUUUUCAUAUUUCAAAUAUUAUAUUGAUUAUUUUGAGAAUACAGUACGUACUUUUAAAAUUGACUCAGAAGAUUCAGUCUUCUUGGUACAACAUUUAAAUAUCGUUAUUAUAUAAGAUAAUGUAAGUUGCAUCCGGCAGCAUGUAUCUUAGUCCUGCAAUUGUUAUAAGAUUCAAGUUCUCAUAUAUAAUCUAAUAACAACUUGGACUGUACGCUUAAAUACGUCCAAUUAUAUCAGACUUGAAUGAAGUGCACAAGAGUUUUUAAUUUUAAGCUCGAUGGGGUCAAAUUGGUUCAGCUCCGGAUUUCAAGGUUUCGUUGAUGUCGCAUCGAAAUUGCCAACGCAGGUAGUAAAAUAUGUAGAGGAAAGAAAGCAUAAACCAGCUAAUUUUUCGGGUAUAGCAACUAUUCAUGAUCUGCCUAAAUCUUUUUUUUUUUUUUGAGAAAUGAUCCGCGUAAUUAAAUUUUGUCCAUAUUAAAAUAAUUGACCAGCCAGACUAGGCGAGUGACGAGAUUCGAUAUUAAUGUUACUAACCUUGUUAGAAAAAAAGUCAGAAAUUCCACGAAUUUUACUUAGCCUAACGUUGAAAAUAGCAAAUCAAACGAGAGAGAGAGAUAGCUCAAACUCACGUGCUCUUGGCCAUGGUGCAUGGAAAAGAUGAACCACGUGCAUGGAGAAAUGUGAGAUGGGCAACUUAAACUUACUAUAAUAUUUUUUGUCACCAUUCAAUACAUGUUGUUUAAGUGUUUUUCUACUAUAAAUGUUUAACAUUUUAUUAUUCAGUUGAUCGUAAGAAAUAUUGUUUUAGUAAGUAAUGAAAUGCCUACGUUUUAUAAAUUGUUGUAUAAGUACUGUAGAUCUAGUAUAUCUUUAGUAUGUAAGUUGAGUUUGUUGUUCUCCUCUGUUCUUUUCUUUUCUUUUCAACCUCAGUCACUUAAUAAAACCCAAAGCAGAAAAACUUUCACAAUUUUGAAGUUAUAAGUUAUCUUUUGUUUUCACAAUAAAUCAGCUCAUAUGCAAACAUUAUCUUCUAAGCGGACACCUAUCCAUCCACACUGCCCAUCAACUCUGUUAUUAUUCUUAAUAUCUCUAGCUCUGAUCAUCUCUGGUGUGAGCUCCCGUGUCCUAAGUCCUGUCCCUCUAAAUAACUCUAUCUUGAUCUCUGAUGGCAUCCAUGGCGCCUCGGAGUAUGAGUUUCUCACUCUAGAUCCUCCAAAGAACGUCUCUAAAGCAGCUUGCCUUCAUGUCUACGGGUUUCUUCCAUGUGCAGACAAUAUUGGAGGUUAUGCCUUCCAAGUUUUCUCUUUUGGGUGUCUCUUGGUCAUCGGUGACUAUUUCUUGUCUGAAGGAAGAUCAAAACUCUUUGUAAUCUUUGAGGUCGGUUUCUAUGGUGGUAUUGUCUUCCCUCUUCUUACAAUGUUCCCAAGAAUUGUCCUUAUGCUCUCGCCUGGAUUAUCAGCGACCCAUGAUGGUGCUCUGGCGAUUGUGGGUAGCAACGUUGGUGUUACUGUAGGGCACACAGUUUUUGCUCUAACAAUGCAAUGGGGAGCUUGUGUUGUCUUUGGUUUGACUAGCCCUAGUUCAGGCCAGUCAACCCCAAGAGGAUCAAUCAAAAGAACAACCUCUGAUACAAAAAAUCCAAGAAGAGGAUUUUACAGGGCGAAGAUACUGAAAAACAUCGUUGAAGCAAGCGUAGAUGCGGAUCCUAAGAACAAGAAAGCUGCAGGGAUUAUGCUUCUCACUCUAGCUCCAUUUCUCAUUGUGACACUGCCUGAUUUACUUGAUGCACAAUCUUGGAGUGACAUCACUAUCUUGAUCACUCUCAUAAUCUCCUGUUCUUCAACCUUUAUCUACUUUGUUUACUCGUAUUUUGAUACGGCAGACCAAAAGAAGAGCUUAGAUAAUGCCAAGUUUGAGCUCAUGUCUGAAGUUCAUAAACAUUUGCAAAGCUUUUCGCCUCGAAGCCUUAUAAGAGAUGGACAACUAACUAAAGAGAGCUUGAAAAGGUUUUUUAUUCUUCUUCUGAAUCAAGAACUAUAUAGAUUUGUUAUGUUUUCUUGCAUAUCAAGUUUACCCGUUUUUUUUUUCUUGUGUAGUUUGUUUGAUAAGAUCGAUAGGAACAAAGAUGGGAAGAUUCAAAUCUCGGAGCUUAAAGACUUAACCGUAGAGUUUGGAGUUUAUGGAAGAAUGAAAUGUGACAUCAAUGAGUUUGCAAACACUUUACUUGCUGAUUUUGACAAAGACAAAGAUGGUGAGUUAGACGAGAACGAGUUCGAAGAAGGGGUAAUGAAACUACUGAAUCAAUACAAGUUCGACAACCCAGAUACUCCAAGACAGGGAAACACUUGCAUUUACAGAACGGCAUCAGAUUCCGUGCAUGUCAAGAAUCUGUCUCAAGGCGAGGAAGCUGGAGUUUUAAAGCUGGAGAUGCCAAAGCAAACUCUUGUUGCUAAACUACUCUCUUUGAGAACCUUAAAAGCUGUCCUUAAAGUCAUUGGUGGGAUGCUAAUGGUCCUGUUUCUAGCUAAACCAUUUAUGAUCAACAUCAAUCUCUUGUCGGUUACAGCUGGAGUUCCUUCUUUCUACGCUGUAUUUGCAGUGAUCCCUUUGGUUAGAAACUUGAAGAACACGUUAUCUGCACAUUUCUGUCGAAAGAAAGAUAAGGCAAGAAUCGCUUCUGAGAAAUUCUCUGAGAUCUAUAGGGAUGUUACAAUGAACAAUCUCAUGGGAAUGUCGAUUGUAUUGGCGAUUGUAUACACCAAAGGAUUGAAAUGGGAUUACUCAACCGAAGCUCUUGUUGCUGUGGUUGUUGGCCUUGCAAUUGGCUUACCGGCUUAUGUGAGAUCAACUUAUCCGUUUUGGAUUUGUGUAUUGGCCUUUGCUAUGUAUAUCUCCUCUCUUGUUUUAAUCUAUCUCCAUUUUCAUUUCAGAGGUCAGAACUAAAAUCUGUCCCUUUUGAGCUCUGAUCAGACUGAGAGUUUUAUCAAUUUUCAUAUUGCUUUUCAUUUUCAUAAUGUUGAUGAGAGCUUAAUAAAACUUAUGUUCUCUUUGAUUACGCUUGCAGUCUUGUUUUUCUUCUUCUUAAACUAUGAUUAGAACAAAAGCUGGUAUUAGGCAUAGCGAUGUGAAAUAUUAGUCAUGUACUCCAAAAAUAAUAAAAUAUACAUCUCAAAUUAUAAAAAUUAUAUAGUUUUUACUAAAUUUUUUUUUGGCCUCCAAAAUCUUAAGACCGAUCCUGAUUAGAACAUGGUACGUGGACUGAGCUCACAUUACAAGCUCAUAAGAGGUAGAUAGCUAAACCAAGAUUUUAAGAAACAAUAGGUUUCAUUUUCUUUGUUCUGUAUUAUGAGCAAAGAAACAGUUUCUUUGUUUUGUUUCAUACUAGUUAGCAACAAUAUUACAUGAGUUAACUAAAAUGAAAUGUUUCUUUUACCAGGACUUCUGUGUUACAAACAAACCCUCUGGUUACUAACUCUUGAUUAGUCUUCUGCAAAUUGAUGAAGCACAAACUAAUCUAGUUGCAUGGAAUUUAAUUAAUAUAUCCAAAGUUACAUAAGACAGAUAACCUAGUGAUUCUUUUUUGUAUCUUGUAAAUUAAAAUCUUUAUAACUUAAGGCUGAGAUCGAUGCCAUGAUCAGCGGCAGAUUCAUGUGGCUCACAGGCUCGGUAUUCUUGUCCAAUAUUGCUCUGAUCAUUAGAGGGUAUGAAGCUAUAGAAAGUCUUCUUACUUCUCCAUUGCAAGUUCUCAUCAAAGUCUUGUUCUGGUUGCUGUUGUUCAUACUAAAA